UCUUCAUUGUAUCUUCAUACUCUUGAACUCCCUUUUCAAUUCUCAAUACACCCAAAUCAUCUAUCUUUCAAAUAUUUAAUCUGUAACAACUUUCAACCAUGGUGGCUCUGUCAAAUCCUCUAAUGGAACAGUUCUUUGUGAAACCAUCUAAACCAAACACAACCCCAUUAAUCAUUCCAGACAUCCCUCUCAUUGACCUCUCGAAACCCGAAUCAAAACACAACCUUGUUAAGGCCUGUCAAGAUUUCGGAUUCUUUAAGGUUGUUAAUCAUGGAGUUCCUGCAAAGUACAUCACUAAACUCGAAUCCGAAGCGGUUAAGUUCUUCGAUUCUCCGCUUUCUGUCAAACAAAAAUCCGGUCCACCCAACCCGUUCGGUUACGGGAACAAAAGCAUUGGUAGAAAUGGUGAUGUGGGUUGGGUCGAAUACCUUCUUCUCAACACGAAAGCCGAAUCCGUUUACCCGGAUAAUUUUCGGGGCGUUGUUAAUGAUUACGUGACUUUAGUGAAAAACAUGGCGUGUGAAAUUAUGGAACUAUUAGCGGAUGAAAUGAAAUUGCAGCCAAGAAAUGUGUUCAGCAAGUUGUUAAUGGAUGAACAGAGUGACUCUGUUUUUAGGCUAAAUCACUACCCCCCAUUUCCGCAGUUUCAAGAAAAUGAAACAAAUGGCCGAAAACUGGUCGGGUUCGGAGAACACACAGACCCGCAAAUCAUCUCGGUUUUACGAUCUAACAACUCAUCCGGGCUUGAAAUCUUAUUGAGAGACGGAAGUUGGAUGUCGGUUCCUCCUGAUUCCGAAUCUUUCUUUGUCAAUGUUGGCGAUUCAUUACAGGUGAUGACCAAUGGAAGAUUCAAGAGUGUGAAGCAUAGGGUGGUCGCAAACGGCACAAAGAGCAGGGUGUCAAUGAUAUAUUUUGGUGGACCACCACUAAGUGAGAAAAUAGCACCACUACCAUCACUCAUGGAAGAAGAAGAAGACAGCUUGUACAAGGAGUUCACUUGGUUCGAGUACAAGAAAUCCGCGUACAAAACAAGAUUAUCUGAUAACCGGCUUGGUAUGUUUGAAAAGAUCACAGCAUCUUAGGGGUUAACGUUAUGUUCUUUGUUAUUUUUUUCCUAUUUGAUUGUUAUGUACGGUAUAGUCCUAGUCGUAUUAAGUAACAUGCAAAUGCAACAACUCAAAACUCUUUUAGAGUAUCUUUCGCCCCACAUUUCUUAACUUGGCCAGGCUGUUGUGGCUACGUUGAUGGACCUUGGUCGGUCAUACUAUGGACCAUGAACAUAAGCAUCAUGCCUUUUGGCAAUGUCUUGAUGGCACCACUUUGUACUGUUUAUGGGAAUGUGGGAUCUUCUAGUAUGUGUAAAAUAAUAAAGAUGUGUAGCCUUUUGUUUGGAAACA